AGGAUGAGGAGCUGAUUAUAUGAUAUAAAUAUGAGAGUCCUAUGAAAGCUCUUCAAAAAUCUGUGUCUUCUACAACAAGCAAGACCGCUCCUGCAUUUACUGAAAGUUAACCUAAUUCCUCUGCGAAGAAAGUAAAAAAAUGGCAACCCAUCUGAUAACAAAGCUCAAUGUCUCCACCACUAAGGACGAGGAGGAUAUACUUGCAGCUAAUGGUUAUCAGCUCAUCAAUUCUGACCUCAAUGAAGGAACUGGUAAAAACCGGGUCUUUCUUUGGUACAAGAAGGAGUGUGGCUUGAAACCUGUGACCAGGAUCCAGUUUUCAUUCAGUGAGCAAAUGAAAUCUGGUCUGGCUGAUGCUGGGUAUGAGCUGGUGGACAAGGAUCUGAACGCAGGAGCUGGCAGAGAUUCCAUCUUUCUUUGGUACUUCUACGGCAGCACUGAAUCUGACAUUCCCAUUAUGAACCUCGAGGUAACUAAAGAUGCCGAAGAAGAACCUGCUCUCCUGAAAGAUGGCUGGGAGAGACUGGGCUGUGAUCUGAACCGUAAGGUGGGAGGAAAAUACAUCUACCUGUGGGUGAAGAGAGAGAAGCCGAGCUACAUCUGUGAGAUCACAGCGAUUAUUGACUUCUCUUCUGACAAGCAAAAGUUUGAUCUGGGCUUCACUCGUGUGGAUGAAGACACCAAUCUUGACGCUGGUGGAAACCAAGUCUUCCUCUGGUAUCGCCGCACAACUGAUAAAAGCAAGGCUCUCACUGCUCUAAACGUAUCCAUCGACUUCCAGGAAAAUGUAAGGCUUCAGAAUGAAGACUUCAAAAAGCUCAGCGUUAAUCUCAACUCUGGAACCACUGGAAAAGAGGUUUACGCAUGGUACCUGACCGAAGGAUGUGAGUCGCAGAUCAAAAACAUGGUUCUGCUGAUCAACCCUGACGCCUGGACCGUGUACCAGAAAGCCGGUGUCAACUUUAUCAACAAAAAUCUGAAUGAGGGCAACAAAGGCCGGAAAAUUUACAUAGCAUACCAGUAGUGCUGUGGCUUAAAUAAUCGAACGGAUGCCACUAUAAGGCAACUUUAAUCACAGUUAUUGCUAAUUGUAAUGCAUGCUCUCGGUAUGUGUGAGAUCAGAUUGGCAGCUGUCUCACUGUGCUCGGGACAGAUAAGAACAUUUUAUUACUAAUUGUAAUGCAUGAUUUAAAAAUCACUCUUUAAAACUUCUGUCUGACUUAAUACACAUAAUGUUGACUUAAUGUUGUAACACACUCAAUCAAACUAACUUCAUUUGGCUUUUGCAUAUUAAUGCACAAUGAAAUAAAGACUUCUUUAACCACA